UUAAAUUUCUUCUUAUUGAGGAAAUGAUGCGCUUCCAUGCUACGAUUCAUGUUUGAUGAGCAUAUUACAGCUAUUGAUAAAUCGCUAAUAUAUGACAUAAUUUAAAAUUAUAAUUAUUUGUUUUUAAUCGAAAACUGAUUUUUGUGGAUAGGAUGCGACUAGUUGAUAUUUGAGGAUACGUUCAGUUAUAAAAUAGGAUACGUUCAGUUACUAUACGACUCUAAAAAAGUAAACAAAAAACUGUAAAUUAAUUUAUUAAAAAGUAUAUUCGUAUUAAGGUAAAAUGGCUCCAGAUAAGCCUCAAAAAGCUGAUAGGCGAGAUGAAGUGGAUUUAGAAACACAAUUUAUACUUAGACUUCCUGAAGACUACGCACAUAAACUACGAGAUGCUAUACGAUCAGGAGCACAGAAUUUGAAAGAAAGACUUGCUAUUUCGUUAGAAAAUGACUUGAGAAAAGGAAUGGUUCGAUUUGAUGAGAGAUAUCUUUAUGCAAAAGUUGUGGAUCUUCCAUGCAUAAUAGAAUCACAUAAAACAAUUGAUAAAAAGUCUUUCUACAAAACUGCUGAUGUCUGUCAAAUGGUAAUUUGCAAGGAAGAACCUGAUCCAGUAACUGAUGACGAAUCACCGGUCAAAAAUAAGAAGAAAGAUCCGAAUAAGGUUGAUAAGAAGUUCUUGUAUCCUCAUGGCGUAACUCCGUCAUUAAAAAAUGUAAGAAAAAGGAGGUUCCGAAAAACACUGAAAAAGAAAAAUGUUGAAUUGCCUGAAAUUGAAAAGGAAGUAAAAAGAUUGUUAAGGACGGACAAUGAAGCUGUAAAUGUAAAGUGGGAAAUAGUUGAAAGUGAAGAGCCUGUUGAAGCAGAACAAGGAAGAAAUUCACCAGUUAAGAGCAAAAAGGAACAAGCAUCAACUAGUAAAGCACAUGCUAAGCAUAAAGCUGCUGAAAAUCUUCCAGUCGAUGAACAUCAUAUUUUCGGGGAGGAAUUGUCUGAUUCUGACGACGAGGAUGUUAAUGCAGUAGUUCCAGAUAUCGAUAUUGAGGAUGCACACUUGUCUGAAGAUUCUAGGAGCAGAUUUAGUGACUCAAAUUCUAUGAUGCAAGGCAUUCAAUCAGCAUCAAACAGUCAAUUGCCACUAAUUGAUCAAACUGAAUUUAGUUCUUCAAUGUUUGAAGAAGAUGUAGCAGGAACAAGCUCACAAAAUAUUGACGACGAAUCUAUAGACUAUCUUAAUUCUAAAGAAAAUUCAAUGGUUUUAAAUCUACGAAGUGAAUUGCAGGAAUUGAGGGCAAGUCAGGCACAAAUUGAGCAAGAGAUUCAGACGAUUGACAAUAAGAAAUUGAAAGAACGACUACAAGAUGAUUUAGAGAAUAUAAUGGGCAAGAUAAUAAUGAAACAAAUUGAGUUGCAGGAAUAUGAAGAGCAAUGAUCAGUUUAAAUAAAUUUGCAUGCUUUUGUCAUGUCACCAACAAUAUAAGAUUAAUUUUAUUUGAAAACGUUAAUAAAAUUGUAAAAGAAAAAAUUACAUUUAGUGAUUCGUCCUUAUUUCUGUCGAAAAUAUAAACUAUGAUAUUAUAGAAUCUUUCAGUACUAUCACUUCCCCCACAUUAUUCUAUACAGCUUAAAAAAUAUAUACAACCAUAAACUAUUAUUAAAUCAUAAAUUAUUUUCUUUUAAAUUAUGAUGACUUCCAUUCUCACAUAAACCAUUUUUGUGGCCAUUUAUCUCAAUUUUGUGGCUGCUAUCACUGUUCAUUAUCACAUUAUCGCUGUUCUGAAAAAAUUCAUGAUUUUUAAACUUCAAGUUUUCAGGCCUUUCUAAAAGUUGCUCAGCAUCGUCAAUAUCUUUACGUAUUGCAGCAAUCAAUGCCUCCAAAUUGUCAAAAUUCUGUUCAGGUCUUAAAUAGCCAAUAAUGCACACUUUCAAUAAACUCCCGUAAAGAUCUCGUCCGUACUUAUGCAGAAUAUGAGUUUCCUAAAAAGAAGAAAAAGCGAAACAAAAAUUAAUCUCAACCUUGAGAAUUUGUUUUAAAAAUGCGUCACUAUCACGUGUAGUGUAGAUUAAUGACAAUGAAUCGUAGCUAUAAAGUGCUGGGUUAUCAAAAAAAGCUAAAUGAACCAGUGCGAAAAAUGAAUAUGACAUAACUAGCACUGAUUAAAGUAG